AUGAUUGUUCAAAACUAUUUACAAAAUGUUCUUACUCAAAAAGCUUUAUUUUUAUUGGUUCUUUCAGUAAAUCUUAUUCUUUGCCUUCUAAAAAUCAAUGAUUAUAUUCAUAUAAAUGCGUGGUUUAUGUUUAUGCCACUUUGGUUAUGGAAUAUUUUAGUGUUUGCGGGUUCACUCAUUUUAUUCUUAUUUAAAUCUCUCAAUUUAACUAAAUUCUGUUUAUUCUAUUAUGUUUAUCAAAUUUUAAUACUCACAUUUCAAAUAUUUCUAUGUAUUAAACUAGAAAAAAAUGUAUUAAAUUGGUGUGUUGUCUUUAUACCAAUUUAUUGUUUAUGCGUUUUAGGAUUUUUAACAUUCACAAAAGCAUUUUAUGAGUUAACUGUUUAUGAUUGUGAGAAAUUUCUUGCAUUAAAUCUUCCAUGUGUCAUUCUAAUUGCCUUACGUUUAGAUAAUUAUAUUAAUUGGACAUGGGUUGUAGUGUUAAUACCAUUCUGGAUAAUAAUGGGAUUUUUGAUUGCAUUACUGCUAUUUUUAGUUUGUAUGUUAUGUGGAUUGAGUCGUUUCACUCAGAAAGAUUUUUAUGAUAUUGUUUCAAUGAUUGGAUGCACAUCAGUCGCAUUUACUUUUCUUAUAUUCGUUGUUCUUUUGGUUUGUCGAUUAGAUAACAUUAAACUGUUCACAUAUAAUGAAAUAUUCUUACCAUUAUUUAUUUGUAUUUUGUUUUUGUUGGUUAUGACGAUUUCCACAAAUUGGUUAGUCAGUAAAUUUUGUGGAAAUAUCAAUAGUUCCGAUGGAGGAAAUUGUUUAGUGGGAUAUACCUCUGGAUCUCGGUUAUCAGGAAAUACUUUGUUGGACCCUAUUCAAAGAGGAAAUACAAAUGUUGCUAAUAUAACCGUUUCACGUGACAAGUAUUCAGAAGUUCAUCAGAAUCUUACAAAGAACAUUGCUUCUGAACCGCUUGAAAACAAUAUCGAAACAGUUAUCUCACCCAAUACAGAAGCUCUGUGCAGUAAUUUACUAAUCAAAGAAAAACAUUUUAUUCAUUCAAAUAAAUUAAACGAACCUAUGAUUAAAGAGAACUCUUUAUCACUUCCGGAUUAA